AUGUUACUGACAAAAUGUUUCACCCAUAACCUUCUCUUAAACUUGUUCAUUUUCUUCACGAUUCCUUGCUCUCUUGCAUCUCUUCCUAUACCAGAUGCAGCAACGGUUCAAACUGUCGCAACAAAUUCAUCUUCACAGGGAACCAUCCCUGCUUUCCCUGAACAAGCUGAUAUUGCAAGAUGUCCUUUAUCUCUCUCAGAUGAACACUUCAAUGGAAUAAAAAACGCUUGCAGUAUCAAAUCCAGCAAACAUGGUGGUGAUUCUUAUGAUAAACUUCAGCAUAGUAGAUGCUGUCCUGUGCUAGCUGCUUGGUUAUAUUCUGCAUAUUCUGCUACUGCUCUUGGAACUGGAAGGGUUUCUUCUGGUUUGGAACAUGGACAUGCUACUGCAUCCUAUGAUAUGCCUUUGUUGCCUGAUGAUUCUGAAACGUGUGAAAGUGAUUUGGGAAGGGCUUUGAAAGUUAGAGGAAUUGAGCUUUUUCAACCGAAUGAGACUUGUGAUGUUGUUUAUUGUUACUGUGGUAUUAGGCUUCAUCCUUUAAGCUGUUCUGAAUCGUUUAAGGUUACUCAUAGUGGAAAUCUUGUUGGAGAUGAAAAUGUGAAGAGGUUAGAGAGAAAUUGUUUGAGUAGUAGCAAUGAUGUUAAUGGAUUUCCUGGUCUAGGAGGUUGCUCUAAGUGCUUGCAUAGCCUCUAUUUGCUUAGAAAGAAGACUUCAAAUUCAAGCAAAACAGGAGACAGAACAACAAAGAUCCAUAACAAAGAUUGUGAACUAAUGGGAUUAACAUGGCUUUUAGCUAAGAAUAGAACAGCUUAUAUUCACACGGUUUCUUUGGUUCUUCGCGCUUUGAUGUUGAGUCCUGAUGGAUCUGAUCCACAAUCAUGCACUCUUAAUAGUGAUGGAAUGCCUCUUGCUGUUGAUUCAUCUGAAAUGUAUGAUCAAUCUUCAUCAACUAAUCUCAGAUCACCAAUCUUUUUUUCUUUGUUGGUUCUAUGUUUUGUACUAGCUAUGCAUUUCAUCAUAUUAUCCACCUAA